AUGGAUAGGAUCAGUAAUCUGUCUGAUGAUUUGCUCUUGAAGAUUGUUUCAUCAAUCCCUUUCAAAGAUGUAGUAGCCACGAUGCUCUUGUCGAAAAGAUGGAGGUUUCUCUGGACGAUGCUUCCAAAACUUGAUUUUAAUGAUGAUAAUGAUUAUGGUUCGGAUUCAGAACUCCAGCGUUCCAAAUAUGAGAAGUUUGUCAAGUAUGUGGACAGAUCAUUGGUACUGAACAGAGCUCCGGUUCUAGAAACUUUGAAGUUCAAAGUUGGUCUGAAGAUUUGGCAACUUGGAUCAGAAUUGGAAUGGUUCGACAUGUUCCCGAGCUUGAAAUUGUCCCUACCGAUGUUUGUUUGCCAUCUUUGA